CAGAGCAUGGUUUAAUUUGACUUCCUGUAUUGAUAUGAGCCCUUUGCAAAUAAUGCUUUGUUAUGGAUCCAAUCAUUAUCUGACUUAUUUCAAGGCUUCUCUUAACAUGUUCAGUGUUUAAAUGGUGGGGCAUUCAUAGCAUGAGACGGGCUGUCAUUCAGAUUGUCCCAGAAUGCAAAUCUGUACAGGUCCGUUGAAUUUUCACUUUCACAAUCAAGAGGCAGACAGAUAACCUGACAGAAACUGCUGACUUCGCGCUUUUUCUCAGGCGUGAGGAUGACGACGUUAACUGUCACCGUCCUGGUGCUCCUGCUUGUACCCUUUGCCCCAUCUUUGGCGGCACAGCUUCCAGGAGGCCAUGAUACCGAGAACAAGUCUUCAUUGCCUCCACCUCCCGUCGCCACUAAUGGCCAACCUUUCCCCUGGGUCAGAAUGAGGCUUCCUGAAACUGUGUCUCCAAUCCACUAUGACCUCCUCGUCCACCCUAACCUGACCAGCCUAGACUUCACAGGAGCUGUGCAGAUUCAACUCCAGGUCUUCGAGGACACCUCUACCAUCAUCCUCCACAGCAAGGAACUCCAGAUUGCCAAAGCUGAGCUCUUGGCACCGGAAGGUCCAGGGUCACUGCCAAUGCCUCUGCGGGUGUUGGAGUACCCAGCUUUCCACCAGCUGGCUCUGGUGUCUGAUGUGCUGCUGGUCAGAGGCGGGGUGUACAAGGUUCGUCUGGAGUUCUCUGCCAACCUGUCUGACAGUUUCCACGGUUUCUACAAGAGCUCCUAUCGCACGACCAAAGGAGAGGUCAGGUUUAUGGCUUCCACUCAGUUUGAAGCGACCAGUGCCCGAGCAGCCUUCCCGUGUUUCGAUGAGCCGGCGUUCAAAGCCAACUUCACGAUCCAGAUACGGCGGGAGCCACGCCACAUCGCCCUCUCCAACAUGCCCAAGGUACAGACAGUCGAGUUACCAGGUGGUGUGCUGGAAGACCACUUUGACACCAGCGUUAGGAUGAGCACCUACCUGGUGGCCUUCAUCGUCUCUGACUUCCAGUCUGUCAGCAAGACCACCAGUCACGGAGUCAAGAUCUCAGUGUAUGCCGUACCAGACAAGAUCAACCAGACAGAGUUUGCCCUGAAUGCCGCAGUCAGACUGUUGGACUUUUACGAUGACUACUUUGAUAUCCCGUAUCCUCUACCCAAACAGGACCUGGCAGCUAUCCCAGACUUCCAGUCGGGUGCGAUGGAGAACUGGGGUCUGACCACUUACCGAGAGUCUGGGCUGCUCUUUGACCCCAACAAGAGCUCCGCCUCCGACAAGCUAGGCAUCACCAUGGUGAUCGCACAUGAGCUGGCACACCAGUGGUUCGGUAACCUAGUGACCAUGCAGUGGUGGAAUGACCUGUGGCUCAACGAGGGCUUCGCCAAGUUCAUGGAGUUUGUGUCGGUUAACAUCACCAACCCUGAGCUGCAAGUGGAUGACUUCUUCCUAGGGAAGUGUUUUGAGGCGAUGGAGGUGGAUUCAUUAAGCUCCUCCCACCCCGUUUCCAGCCAGGUGGACACUCCUACUCAGAUCCAGGAGAUGUUUGACGACGUCUCCUACGAUAAGGGGGCGUGUAUUCUGAACAUGCUGAGAGACUUCCUGACCCCAGAGGCGUUUAAGAUCGGUAUUGUCCGCUACCUCAGACGCUACAGCUACCAGAACACUGUCAACAGCCACCUGUGGGAGAGCCUCACCAACAUCUGCCAGUCGGACGAUCUGGAUGAGGGCAGACUGAAAGACGAUCUGGAUGAGGGCAGACUGAAAGACGAUGGGUUCUGUUCUCAGGGAAAGGUCCAGUCUGGCGCUCCUAAGUGGUACUCAGGCGAUCAGCUGGAUGUGAGGGCCAUCAUGGACACGUGGACGCUGCAGGAGGGCUUUCCCCUGGUCACUGUAGAGGUCAGGGGUCGCCAGGUCAGACUCAGCCAGGAGAGAUACCUCAAGACUGACGACCCCUCACAGACACACGGCUUCCUGUGGCAGGUUCCUCUAACCUACAUCACCAGCAGCUCCAGCACAGUGCAUCGCUUCCUGCUCAAGACCAAGACAGACGUGCUGUACCUACCAGAGGAGGUGGGGUGGGUAAAGUUUAACGUGGAUAUGAGUGGUUACUACAUGGUCCAUUACGAGGGGGAAGGCUGGCGUUCUCUGACCUCCCUGCUGCUGACCAAUCAUAGGGCUCUGAGCUCCAACGACCGCGCCUCCCUCAUCAACAACGCCUUCCAAUUGGUCAGUGUGGGUAAGGUUGGACUGGACACAGCCCUGGACCUGUCCCUGUAUCUGUCCAAGGAGACAGACAUCAUGCCUGUCACUCAGGGUCUGGGGGAGCUGGUUCCUCUCUACAAGCUAAUGGAGAAGAGAGACAUGGAGGGUCUGGAGAACCAGAUGAAGGGCUACAUCGUGGAGCUGUUCCGGGGUUUGAUAGACCAUCAGACGUGGAGUGACGAGGGGUCUGUUUCCCAGAGGGUUCUAAGGAGCUACCUGCUGCUGUUCGGCUCUGUCAGGAACCACCCCCCCUGUGUCGCUACCGCCACACACCUCUUCAACAAGUGGAGGGCCUCCGACGGCAACAUGAGUCUCCCCAGUGAUGUCAGCUUGGCGGUGUUUGCCAUUGGUGCUCGUGACCCCGAGGGGUGGGACUUCCUCUUUGAGAAGUACCGCCAUUCGCUGCACACAUCUGUCAAGAGCCGCAUCAAGUCUGCCCUGUCCAUCAGCCCUCUGCAACACAAGCUACAGCGGUUAAUGGAGCAGAGUCUUGCAGGCGAGGUGAUGAAGACUCAGGACCUUCCUCACGUGGUCAUCUCUGUCAGCAGGAACCCCAAAGGGUACAAGCUGGCCUGGGACUUCCUCAGACAGAACUGGCACACACUGGUGAAGAAGUUUGACCUGGGGUCCCACUCUAUCUCAGGCAUGGUGACUGGUGUGACCAACCAGUACUCCACCAGGGAGAUGCUGGAUGAGGUGCGCGGGUUCUUUGACUCUCUGUCUGAGGAGACAGGUUCUGGCCUGAGGUGUAUCCAGCAGACGUACGAGAGCAUCGAGGAGAACAUCCGCUGGAUGGACAAGCACCUGCCCCAGCUACAGGCCUGGCUGGACAGACAGGCCCAGGGAGCCAGGACAGAGAGACAGGACCAUGAGGACCUAUAGACCUCGAUGUAGUACAGGCCUCUCACAGGGCAGGGAGGGAGGGGUCUAGGGCAGAGGAUGAUUAUGGCCAUGUUCGAGAGCAUCAAAACUGGGAUGUAUUAUGCGUAAACUGUGACUGACUGACUGAUGUAGAAAUAAUAUUGAGUAGUUAUUUAUGAUGCAAGAUGAUUUGUAGAUUAGUCAGUCUCGACUCACCUUUAAAGAAUAAUAUUUCCUCACUGCAUUGAGCAGUGUUGGUAACACUGGAUAUUACACUUCUUUCUGAGACAAAGGUCGGCCCAUGGCUAAGACCCUAAACCUUUUUUUCCCCAAAUUUAUACGAAUUGACUCGGUUAAUCAGUUAUCCUCACCUCAACCUUAAACAGACAUGACUACGACUCAGUUUGUCGUUUUCUUGUGUGAUGAAUUUAUUUUGCAAUACUGUCAGCAUAAAUAUUUGUGAGUGUUUUAAUAUAGUGGUUAUCCCCACUUGUUAGGGGAUCAUAACCCCCAGGAGAUUUCCUCCACAUAAGCGUUGUCUUGGUUACUGUUCCCAGGAGAAACAGCACAGUCCUGCACCUCAGAGGAUGCUCCUUCUAUUGCAUUUGUUGGCCCACUUGUUUUGAGUGUGUUUUUGCUGAUCUUGCUGCAUUUAUGCUGUAAUGAUUUGGCUUCAGAAUGUCUCAAUAGAGUUGCGGUACAUGCUAUUUAUUUUUUACACAUGUACUUUGAUCUCGGACGAUGCCCUUUAAAAAAAAAUAAUUAAAUGUUGACAAGAAUCUGUAUUUUGUUAAAAUACUGAAUGAAAAAUAUUGAUUGUAAACCCUGUCAUUUAUCGGAAGGCUCUGGCUAAGAGAUGGGGACAGACAGACAAGUCUAAAUGAAUAAAGAGAACAUCCAAUAAGA